AUGUCCACCGAAACGAGCAGCUCCAAAGCAAAUGGUACCAACCGGAACGAUCGUCGCAACACGCAGCGAACGAAGAACUUUCACCAUCGCUAUCUGGCCAUGUGCCGAUCGAAAAACUUCCAACCACUGCCGGAGAUCGUGAAGCCGAAGGGCAAGGAUGAGUUUCUGGAUGUGUACGGCGAUCGGUUCAAGGGCUGCGACUGGCAGCUGAUCGUGGAUGCCCUGCGGGACGACAAAUCGCUGCAACAUCUGGCCUUGCGGUUGCGAAAAACGUACGCUGAAGGAAACGAUGGAAUCGUGCCUCAUUACUUGGGCGAUGGACCCGGUGCCGAGCGAACGGCCAUCAUGAACAAGCGCAUGUUUAAACGGCUUAUCGACACGUUGGCUGUUUUUCUGAAAUCCAACAGAACCAUUACGAGCUUCACGCUGGAGGGCUUUCCGUUGGUGGGCGUUCGUUUGACUGCUCUUAUAACGGGUCUUCAUCUGAACAACUCACUGACGGAACUGAAUCUGGCCCGGUGUUCUAUCCGCGAUGAGGGAUGUGAGGCAGUGUGCGCGGAGAUCAAGUUCCUUCCGAACCUGCAGGUGUUAAACCUGACCGCCUGUCACCUGACGGCGAAAGGUUGCCAGUCGAUCGCGGACGUAGUAAGGUUCCAAAAAAUCCAACGCUACGCCUCGAGCUGGGAACGAUCGCUACGCUACCGAGACACCGAUGGAGAUAAGGUGUUGGGGCUGCGGUAUCUGUACCUGAGCCACAACCCGACCAUCGGAGACUACGGUUUGCUGGAGCUGACGGACGUCCUGAAGGAGGACGCCUGGGUUCGCCAGGUGCACGUGUGCAACUGCGGGCUAACCGAUGUUGGGGCACAGUUCCUGAUCGAGUGUCUCAAUCUGAACGGCACGAUCGAGAAGUUUGACAUUCGCGAGAACAAUAAAAUCUCCAACGAUGCGUGUCACGAGAUUCUCGUCAAGUUGGGAGCGAACGAUCUGGAUGAUGGUUCUGACUCACCAUCCGGGCCCAAGAAGUGCAUUAAAACAAUGGCUGGUCUCAGAGAGCAUUGCGAAAACCUGGAGCUGCAACUCGAAACGGAGCGCAAUCGAAAUGCCCAGCUGGGAACGAUGGUGGAUCAGCUGCACAUGCAGCUGGGCGAUUAUGCUACGCACAUGAACGAGCUGCAGCGUGAGCUGAAUAGUCUGAUCAAGGCGAGAAACGAGCUGCUGGAGAAAGUGAAGAAGUUAGAAGGCAAAUCCUCCCGAAAGGCAUCCACGUGUGCGCUGCGUAAAACGCAGAGUGAAGCAUUCGCACCGCUGGAGCAACCGCCGGCAAUGGCUUCCAAGUCCGAAAUGAUCGUCAAAAAGGAUGCACAUUCGGCACACACGUCCCCGGCCGGGCGAGUGAUAGAGCGCUCAAUCGGCGAUUGGGACGCUGGUGACGAGCAGCAGGAAGAUUCUAGCUGCAAAAAAAUGUGA